AGGAAACAAUUGUGUAAAGUACCAAAGGAUGAUGACUUGAACUGAUGGUGUAGUCUAUUUUGUGCUGCCGAUUAGGAAGAUAAUUGAGACAGGCAAUCAGCUGGUUGAAGUUUUGAAAAAUACCAAGGAAGACAAUCCUGAUGUGUGAGAUUGAAAAUGUUCCAUCACCUUCAGUGUGCAUUCUUGUUCUUUCUGGAUUACCUGGAAGUGGUAAAUCAUCAUUAGCUAGAUCCUUCAAGACUAGCCAUGUUAAAUCAUCAUCUCCCAGCAUUCCUCAAAACAUUAAAUCUGUGUCGGGUGAAUUGCCAUGGAAACUGGAGGGCAGAGCAUCAUUGGACAAAGAAGUGGCACAUGACACAAGGAAAGAAAACUUCAAUGUGAUUCUUAUUUCUUAUGAUGAAUUAAUACCAGAAGAAAAAGAGGCUCAGAUGAUUCAAAGUGGUAUUGAUUCAGAAUGGAAGACAUGUAGAGAGCAGAUUGUAAAUUGUGUUGAAAGUCUGGUGCACUGUUUGUUAUCUAAUAAACUACUAAAGAAUAUGGUCAAACCAACUGAUGAUGAAGCAUUAUGGGAAAGAUUUUGUCAUGUUAUACAUAAUCAGGAAGAUGAUUCAAUGGAACAAAAGGGAGAUAAAUCCAGCUCAUAUGUUUUAAUCAUUGAUGACAACAUGUACUACAGGAGUAUGAGAUAUAGAUAUUUCCAGUUGGCUCGUAAAUUUGAGCAGGGUUUCUGCCAGGUACAUCUUCACUGUACAGAAAACAUAGCUAAAGAACGAAAUAGCAAGAGGAAAGUUAGACGUGUUACAGAUGAGGUCAUCACUACUAUGGCAACCAAAAUGGAGGUGCCAGAUCCCUCCAUUGACCCUUGGGAAAAAUAUUUUGCUGUGUUAGAAGGUUCUACAGAUUUUCAAAGUCAGCUGUGUGACAUUGACAGACUAUUGCAGUUGGCCAUAUUGAACCCGCCACAUUCACCUGUAGAGGACAGCCAGGGCAAAGAGGAGAGUCGACAGAUUUGUUCUGUCAAUCAGCUUCAUCAGGCGGACCAGAUAUUACGCAAACUUGUCAGUAGUAGAAUCAAACAAACAGGCACUGCCAUGUCACAGCAGGAAAAGAGCCAGUUUGCCAAAUUCUGCAGUAUGUUAAAAUCACAGAUCCUCAAGGAGCUGCGAGCUGGGACCAUUCUUGUGCCAACAAACAUGCCAACUAUGGAUGCCUCGAAGAUGGAGGACUGUCAGUUUUAUAAAUUUGUUGAAACUAUUUUCAACAAAAGGACCUGAGACAGAGGUCAUUAAUUAACACUUUAACAUUCAAGUUACUUUCUGAAUGUUAAUGUAAAUUGAGCCGUUUCUAUUUAUUUUACAUUAUGUUUACAAGUUAUUUUAAAAUAUACAGGUAUA